GGGGAUGGCGUCGCCGGCAGGGACACCGAUGCUUGGCGGAGGCGCGGGGGUCGGGAUGGCGGGCACACCAGCGCCGCCGCCGGGCGAGGGCCCCGCAGUUGGUGGAAUGGCGGGAGGGUUAGGCGGCGGUGCGCCCGGUAUGGGCGCCGCGGGCCUAGGCAUGGGCGGUGCUUACCCUGCAACAGGGGGCAUGCCCACGCAGAACACAAUGGGCGCGAUCUACGCCCCCAACACUCCAUACCCUGGUGCGUACGGCGCGUACGCACAGCCGGCCGCGGGGAUGACUGGUGUGCCGAUGGGCGGCGUACAGGGCGUAGGUGCGCCUGGCGCGUACGGCGGGUAUGGGGCGUACGGCCAGGGCGGCACAGUGGUGCCACAAGGAGGGACGGUCAUCAUCGAUACGGAGAGGAGGCCGAGGCGGCAUAGGCAUCGGGCGAGGAGCGUUGAUAUGCGGUGAGGGAACCCAAUCUUGGGAACAUUCUGGGAUUUGGAUUUGAGGAUUCGUACGUUGGCGACACGGGAUGACUUGACAGGCACUUGCAAUUGGGCACUAUACCUUACUCACUACUUACGGAAUAUACUCAGCGGAACAUGGCCAUUGAGUGCGUUCGUCUCUGACUCUGAAGUGUGAUCUGAUGUGGACGUUAAGCGGUUGUCGACCAAAGGUCAUUGACAGGCCUGGAUGCGUGCCGGACAUUUCCUGUAUGAUAUCAAAUGUUGUGUUGUAGAGAAGCAGACGCGGGACACAGGACUGGUUCUACUUACUGUUGACAUGGUGCACAAGGCACUCACAAGAGUGGAUAUUGGAUUUGAACAACCUUUCGACGAUUGCAUCGAACACCGAACUGCGACUUAGCUGACGGUCGACGUAAGUAAAUCAAAAGUGCAUUGCAGUCAUCAGAUAGAGUGUGGGC